UACGACCUCUCAUUCAUUCCACCCGGACCAUUUUGCACAGCCUUGCAAUGGUUUUUGCACCAUAUAUAUUUAUCCAAUUCCCGCUUGAAAACCACAACGGAAAAUGCCUCCAUCCACGGGCAGUGCAUUCUCGAUUCUAAACGCACAUUAGAGAUACCAGGAACAAAGGAUGCUGGAAUCUGGAGCAAAACGGCGCUGGAGGAACUCAGCGGAUCAGCCGACUUUUCAGUAACAAAGUGCAAAGAAGUGCAAAUCACAUUUGUGAAAAAUAUGACAUCGCGUCAAAAUGAACAACUUGAAAAAAUAAGCUCUUGGUUUCUUGAAGAUCUUAAGCUUGUGGAUGGAAAAGAAGCACAUCAAGAUAAUCCACACUUCGAUUUGCACUUUGAUAAAGUUUAUGGUUGGGAAAGUUCCAGCACAGCUUCCAAGUAUACGUUUGUCCGAUGUUUGCAAGAGCUUAAUCAUCACUACCUGAGGAAGAAGAUCACAUUUGUAAAUUUUGAUGCUGAUUUUCUACUUGACACCAGUUCGUGUAUGAAUAGAGGGGAUUGCAUGCUUGCUCUGAAUAUGUUUGUGUUAUAUAUAUCUAACUGUCUGUGUUUAUCUGCAUGCAAAUAAGAUUAGCGCACAAUGUUCAAGAUAUCCUGUGUAUCUCAUGCCAUGAACUGUUUAUUGGCUGAACAUUAGAAAACACAGAAGCAAACUUUAGUUCCGAGAAUGAACUAUUACUUUAAUGACGCUACAUAAUUAAAUAUCGAUUCCGAUUCAUGUAUUUCAGGUUUAGAUCAGUCCAUCAUCCACUGAAUAAGCCAUAUUUGUACAAAUUGAAAAUAAAUGAAUAUGGAUGGAUAGCAGAAGACCCUUUCUCUGCCCACAGAAAAAUGAAAAAAACAUAGAAAAAUAGAAAAUAGGUGCAGGAGGAGGCCAUUCGGCCCUUCGAGCCAGCCACCACCAUUCAUUGUGAUCAUGGCUGAUCAUCCUCUAUCAAUAACCCGUGCCUGCGUUCUCCCCAUAUCCCUUGACUCCACUAGCCCCUAGAGCUCUAUCUAACUCUCUCUUAAAUCCAUUUGACCCCCACUGCCCUCUGUGGCAGGGAAUUCCAUAACAUGAGACUGAUAAACAAUUAUAUAGACAGAAAAUGGUGGAGUAACUCAGCGGACCAGGCAGCAUUUCUGGACAGAAGGCAUGGGUGACGUUUCGGGUCAAGACCCUUCUUCAGACUGAGAGUCAGGGGAGAUGGAGACCCAGAGAUAAGGAAACAUAAAGUGUGAAAACGAGACAUCACAGGGGAUGAAGUUCAAGGAAUAAUAGUUCACAUAAACCAACCUCUCGGUUGCUAAAUACUUUAACUCCCCUCCCAUUCCCAUUCCGACCUUUUUGUCCUGGGCCUCCUCCACUGCCAGAGUGAGUCCCUGUGCAAAGUGGAGGAACAACGCCUCAUAUUUCGCUUGGGUAGCUUACACCCCCGCGGUAUGAAUAUUGACCUCUCUUAAUUCAAGUAAUCCUUGUUUUUCCACUUCCUCCAUCCCUCACCCUGCCUAGUUCUCCAACCAGUCUGACUGUCCAUUUGAUUAAAUGUUAUCUCUGUAUGCUUCAUUGUCACCUUCUCCGAGCUAACAAUGAUCUAUUCACAAAUUUUUCCUUGAUCGUCAUUCCCUUUGAUAUCUUGUUUUCCCACCUUAUAAUUCCUUAUCUCAGUGUCUCCCUCUCCCCUGACUCUCAGUCUUCAGAAGAGUCUCGACCCAAAACAUCACCCAUUUAUUUUAUACAGAGAUACUGCCUGGUCCGCUGAGUUACACCAGCAUUUUGUUUCUAUUUUCGGUGUAAACCAGUAUCUGCAGACCUUCCUAUAUAUUAUAAUAAAGAUAGUUCCUUUGAAUAUGCUUUGUAAAAUCGCCAACCUUCAAUAGUUGUGCAAAGAGCACCUGCAUUCUUCUUCACAGACUAUACAAUUCUUUGUUCCCAAAUGAGAAAUAAACAGUACAGUCAUACUCCGACAUAUUCUUGUUUCGUUUUUUAACUUUAGGUUAGAGAUACAGCGCGGAAACAGGCCCUUCGGCACACCGAGUCCGUGCCGACCAACGAUCCCCGCACAUUAACACUAUCCUACACACUCUAGGGACAAUUUUUACAUUUACCAAGCCAGUAUAGCUACAUACCUGUACGUCUUUUUGGAGGAAACCGAAGAUCUCGGAGAAAACCCACGCGAUCACAGUGAGAGCGUACAAACUCCGUACAGACAGCACCCGGAGUCGGGUUCGAACCAGAUCUUGGGCGCAGCAAGCGCUGAAAGGUAGCAACGCUACCACUGCGCCACUGUGCUGCACUGCUGUUCUUCUGAGGAACAGCCCAAUGGUAAUUUCACUUUCAAUUAAUAUUUACUCACCUAUAUAAUGGUAAUAAAAUUGGGCCGGAUGCCCAAAUAUAUUGGUUAAUGGUUUAUUUCAACACAUACAGGCAUGGUCAUUGUUAAAAUUAUUAAACAAAGGGAAUUCAAACAAAUGCAUUGAAACAUAUCAAAGAGUGAAGCAUUGACCCUCAUGCUAAUGUAAUUCAGGUCAUAAAUAUAUAUGAAUAAUGGAAUCUUAUCAAUCAUAAUUGAAAAUAUUUUCUUAUCAUCACAACAUGAACAAUAUGUUUGUUACAAUUCAUUCAAGUCAGUUCAAGAAUCUCAUGUUGGUUUCAUUUUUCCUUUUUGUGCUAUUCAAUCCAUAAGGUUUAAAGUUAAAUCACUAAAUCAAAGUCUUUUGAUGUUUUUAUGGACCAACUGCCACACUGCAGGACACCAUUAAAGAUGAAAUAGGCCAAACUAAUUAAUUUAAAGCAGGGCUUUGAUGAUGUCAGUUUUUGAACUUGUACAUGCUGUGGUUGAAGAAAAAAUGAAAAGAUUGGAGGAGGAAAGAAUGACUGUGGAUCUGAAGUCUUAAAAAAAACAGGAAAAUAUGUGAUUAGGCAUCAUCUCAACAUAGUGCGAAUGCACUUCAUUUAGUAACAGACCAGAAAUAAAUCGCAACGUGAUUCAAGCAAACUGGCAAGCUGCGAACAUUUUUUUUUCAUUUGCUUGGACUAUUUUCAAACAUGCUUUUGGAAAAAAAAAUUAUUUAUGAAUUAUCGCAAAUGUUUCUUUUUCAUUUCUUUGCUAAGCAUGGUGGCGCAGUGGUAGAGUUGCUGCCGCCGG